AUGGACUUGUGCGCAAUGCUGAAUCAACUUCGAAAGGGAUUUGAGUGUGACUCUCAGUCGUCAACCAACAAGGCUUCGCCGAUGGAAUUAAAAUUAGAGCCACUUUGUAUACCAUCAUUUGACGGCUGCCCCCAUAAGUGGCUUGCAUUCAAGGAUUUGUUUGAGACGUUGGUACAUAAUCGGGAUUUGCCGGUGGCUUACAAGCUGGGGAAACUACGCCAAGCUGUUAAGGCAGAGUCGGUUCCGUUAGUAGGAGGGUUGUAUUCAGGUGGGUACGAGGAAGUGUGGAAGGCGCUGAAAGAUCGGUAUGACAACCCUAAGCAAUUAGCGGAGAUUCACGUUGCUAGAGUUUUGAACAUGAAGUCAAUGGCUGAGGAUACGUCCAAGGAAUUAUUGGGCGUCGUUGAUGUGGUAAACGAAUCCUUGCGAGCGUUAACGGUAAUGAAGUUACCUGCNGGGUACGAGGAAGUGUGGAAGGCGCUGAAAGAUCGGUAUGACAACCCUAAGCAAUUAGCGGAGAUUCACGUUGCUAGAGUUUUGAACAUGAAGUCAAUGGCUGAGGAUACGUCCAAGGAAUUAUUGGGCAUCGUUGAUGUGGUAAACGAAUCCUUGCGAGCGUUAACGGUAAUGAAGUUACCUGCCGACAAGUGGGAUGCCCUUAUCGUACCCAUUGUGGUUUCUAAACUCUCCGCUAGAACACAGCGAGAAUGGUGUAUGCAUUUCUCUUCCACCGAGCUAUCAACUUUAAUUGCCUUGCUAGCGUUUUUAGAGAAACGAGCACAUAGUCUCUCAACUGAGUUUUGCCAGGUAGCGGAUCGUCCCGACGUGCCGCAUUCUUCCUCAAAGCAGAAGAAGACUCCCCGCUCUCUAAAGUGCAACCUCGCCGCGACUGGCGAUGGCAAAUGUCAGCACUGUCAAGGACCACACAAGGUUAUGCGUUGUCCGGCCAUUCUGGCUAUGGGGCCGGAUCAACGCUUUGAAGCUCUAAAGCGAUCGAAUUUGUGCUUUAACUGUUUGCGAUCCGGACACCCAUCUAAACUAUGCUCCUCCGGCAACUGCCGCCAGUGCGGCCACAGACAUCAUACGAUUUUUUGCCGCAACAAAUCACAGCAACUUAGUACAUCUGACGGGGUAGAUACUCCUAUGGCUAAACCAGACAGUAUAGCCAAUCCAGUCCCACCAUCAUUAUGA